UCACUGUGUCCAGAUUGUUAUUAGAGGAUCUCUAGACUGAACUAGGAAUUCUGUCGCUUUCUACAAAUAUUAAACUUAUACCAUUCUCACUUGAAGUUUUAAAAGUGUAAUCCAGUCACAAAAGACAAACCUACUGGAGGCGUGGAGCCAUAAAUUAAAUAAGACAAAAAAAGAAGAAGAAUUUGCAAACAUCGAGGCGAACAAUGUCAUGGAUAAAUACUGAUAAUGCAUUGCAAGAUUUUGCAAAUGUUUUGGUUUGCGGGAAAUGUGGGUUGAAACCAGUUUCUCCUGUAAGGCUCACAAAUUGUGGACAUUUCUUUUGUCGUAAUUGUAUCAUAUCUGCGACAAAAUGUAAUAAAUGUGAUGUACCAGUGCAGCCAAAGGAAAUAAAACCUGAUCAUUUAGUAUCCAGUCUUGUACAUAAUUGUGAUGUUAUUGCAGAAAUUAUUCAUAAAAGAGAUUUAUGGGAGAAUGCUACAGAUGCAUUUAGUACAUUAUUGGAUAAUACAAUAUCUACAAUAUUUCAUACACCAAAGAAGCAAAGUUAUAGACGUACAAAGGAUAUAAAUAAACUAAAUCAUAGAGGGGAAACACCAUUACAUAUUGCAUGCUUGAAGCAAAAUGUUGAAGAAGUUAAACGUCUCUUGUUGAUUGGUGCAAAUCCUAAUACAAAAGAUCAUGCUGAUUGGACACCAUUGCAAGAAACGGUAAAUUUUGGAUAUACUGAAAUAUGUAAAUUGCUACUAGAGUGUGGAGCUUCGCCCGAUGUAGCAGGUAUUAAGAACCGAAGACCACUACACGACGCUGCUAAGUAUAACAGAAUUGAAGAAGCUAAGUUGUUGUUGCAUUAUAAUGCAAACAGAAACCAUCGUGAUCAGUUUGGCAAAAAACCUAUAGACUACUGUAAAUCAGUGCAGAUGCGACAACUUUUGAUGGAUUUACCAAAAACUUCGUCAGAAAGGAUAUCAGAUCUUAAUCAAACUCUAGAUAGAUCUAUUUGUACAUCUAACAAAUUUGUGAUUCUUGCAUCAAAUUUAAAACGUGAAAGUCAGCAGUUGCUUGGUCUCGUAGCCGCAAGACAUAAAUUCAAAAUUUUAACAACGUAUAGACAAUGUGUUACACAUGUCAUAGUAGAGGCAAAUGAGCAAAAUUGUACAACAUUAACACUUGACGUCUUAUUCUCAAUUGUUUAUGGAAGUUGGCUUCUCAAUAGCGAGUGGAUUCGACUAGCAGCAGAUAUGGACGAAAUAACUAAUAUGGAUCUCGAAUUAUUUGAAGUUAACGGUGCACCCACUGCUGGCAUCCCGAGGAAAGCGAGACAGAAUACAGAAUGUCAAAAUCCACGUUUAUUCAAUAACUGUUUCUUUUAUUUUGCUUUGCAAGCAAAUACAACUUAUCAUAUUGCUACAGUACGAUGUACAAAGGACGAUCUGAUAAGACUUGUAAAGGAAGGAGAAGGGACAGUACUUACUAGAAAACCAGAUCCAGAAGAUCUAAAAGAUAUGUCACAAGUAAUACCUUUCCAUAUCGUGAAUGAUCUGUCUCAUCCUUUACAUAAGUGUACGCAUUAUAUUAUAUAUAUGCCAGGUAAAAAGGUAGGUGAACCGCUUAUUAAAUAUAAUAUGCCACAUAUCAAGAGUCUGCCAUUAAUAUGGCUUAUUGAAUGCAUCGAAAAAUUUACUCUUGUCGAUCCAGCUCAUCUGGGAUUGUAGUAAGAAUUUUAAUUAUCUUACACAAGGAUUAAUCCAAAAGUAAAUUUCCCUAUUUUAGGAGAAAUAAAAAGCAAGUUUAAAAAUCUGAAAAAAAUUUGUAGCUUAUCACACUUUAUGUUUCAAAAAUCGACAUUUUUUUCUAUGUAUUUGUUGCAUCGUGAACAAAGUUUUUACACUUUUAUUGUAUUGUGGCGUCUCUACUUUUUACGAACGAUCUAUGCGCAUGGUAUACCAUGGAUCAAUCUAAAAAUAAUCCCUAUUUUUUCACUUGAGAAAUGAUCCAGAGAUACUUUUUACAGAAUACUUUAAUUUUUUUUAAUUAGAUUUUUUUAAAUAAUAAAACAC